AUGGGAGAUUCAGGCGAUUCCAGCUCUGCUAGCGAUUGCGGGUCACCGCAGCCGAAAGGGAGGUCAACUAAUAAAGUAUUCGUAUGGCUGAAAGAGAAGGCAAAAUGUACACCGCGUGGAAAUCCGUGGGUACUGCUGAAUCGCGAGGGCAGGGUUAAAGACCUCGCAAUUCAAGGAAACUAUUCGAGUGCAAAGAUGAAAGAGCUGGUGAAGGAAAAUUUUGCUGGACUUGCGGCAGUUGACUUGAAUAGGUAGGAUAAGUACCAGAGCACUUAAUCUCGCAUGCAAGUUGUAUGCAUUGAAUACUGGAUGUAAACGGAUAAGUUUAUAGUAAUGUAAAAACCAGGUAAGGCAAAACAAUGCAAAUUCCAGCCACGCGACGUAGGAUUCAAGACAGCCUUUAGUAAUUUACCACUUAUACUUUAACUAUUUGCUAGGGAUCAUUCAUAAAAACUUAAGUAUGCGCAGUGGACCUGCUGCGACUGUAAGGCCUGUAAAGGAGUGAAAUCUGCUCAUAAUAUACAAAAGCAGCACCUUUUAUAACACAUGUAAUGGUGGGCGGAAAGAAUCCGUCUUACAGGAAAAAAAAUUCAGACCCACCCCAUAGAGCGUCAUUUCACGUGUCGUCAUCAACAUUAAAAAAUAAGGAAUUAUCAAUCCUUAUGAGAUUUUAGUUAAGGUUGUUCAUAGAACAGUUGAAGACUUUUCUUUUAACAAAUUUCAGUUUUAUCGGGUUUUUCGUCUUCUGCUAAAGCAAGGUGGAAUUGACUGGUAGCUUCCAACUGCCAUAUUUGUGACCCUCCCUCGCACGAAACAUCGCACAGACCUGAAUCUUUGCGAGACUGUUUGAAUAUUCAGCUUAUUUUAUCCCUUUGAUUCUUGACUUCAUCUGUUUAAUUGUUUUGAUGAUGGUUUGACAGUGAAAACCGGCAAUUGGUAAAAUAUUUAAGGAAAGCAGGAGCCUUAACUGGAAUUUUCAGAUUGGCAGGGCUAACCAUUGGAAAAGGGGGAGGAGGCAAAGGGGCAGAGGGGAAUAUGGACUGGAAUAACAGAUGUCAAACAAGUCUAGAAACUUAUCAAUGAUCAUCUCUAUUUAUAUUUACUACAUACUAUAUUUACAACAUAGUGAAUUGAAAUCCCAUUUCAUAUGUAGCAACUGUAAACUGUAUGUGGUGUCAAUGUUGGCCCUUUCUUUUCAUAGAAUUCGUCUAUACAAGUCCGCAAACCGAGGAAGCAGAAUAGAAAAAGUAUACAAAUUAGAAUUUAUGGCAGGGGGAGGGCUAAUUCCAGGCGAAUAUAUAUGGUUUUGCAUCGCCCAAGAAAUGGAGGUUUGUGUAAUCUUUCAUAAGCAAUUAGGGGUUUGUGUUGUUGCAGUCAGCUCAUAAAUGUCCUUGGCCACAAGCAAAAAAAAUUGUUGACAUUGUGACUUGACUCAGCACAAAAAGAUUGCAAUGAGUGCAUACACAUUUAUGUAGCACGACUCAUGGGUAAAGAUAGUAAAGGCCAUCUUUGCCAAAGCUUCUAGAUAACUGUGCUGCAAAGGCUGUUUUAUAGCGAAUUUGCAUGUUGACAUGGAUAUAAGUGCAGUGGAGUAAAAUAUAUGGCCACAGCACCAAAAAAUAUCUGUUAGAAUUUCAAUUACACACUUAUACAAAAAAAGUGGAACAUGUACAUUUUGGAAAUAAUAGCCUCCUGAAAGUGGGAAUGCAUUUUCACCACACUUCAAAAAAGAAAACAUUCUUUGGCAGACAUAUGCAACAACAUAACCUAAUUAUUCUGCUGAGAAAUUUAAAUCUUGAUAUUAUGACUUUUAAAUAUUAAUCCUUUUUUUAUUUUUAUUACCAUGGAUUGCACUACAAGUUUAAGAAGGUUCUUUGCCUUUCAAAAUUUUCAAUAUUUAUGUCAUAGAUUUAUCAAAGGAAAACUUGCAAUAAGCUCAUAUUUCCACUAUUUCACUAAUAAUUCAAAACACUAAUUAAAAAUUAUUUGUUUCCUUUUUUAUCUCAGGAUCUAACACUAACCCUCAGUCUAUACCAACACCAGGAGUAAGCAAUCCCAACCAUCCUUCUCCAUCUCUUCAAACAAAUCCUAAUUUUCCAACUCUCCCCUCCUCCUGCUCAGCCCAAUUCCAACCCACCCUCCACAAACCAAUCCCAACCUUCCCUUCCCCCUGCUCAGCCUGAUUCCAACCCACCCUCCACAAACCAAUCCCAACCCUCCCUCCCCUCUGCUCAGCCCAAUUCCAACCCGCCCUCCACAAACCAUUUCCAACCCUCCCUUCCCCCUGCUCAACCUAAUUCCAACCCUCCCUUGCUUUCUCGACAAUCUAACACUCACCAAAAUCCCAGCCAAUCUCAAACAAGUGUGACCAAUUCAGUCAUCCAGCCAGAGACUUCCAGUGGUGCAACAAGUGCGGCAAGUGGUGUUGUUGGUCUGGUGGACUUGACAUUGCCUACAAGUGAAUGUAAGUGCUUAAUUGAUUGGCACAUUAGUUAUUAAGUUUAUUAAUGAUUUAUAUUUUAAUCCUGUAUUUGCAUCUUGUGUGGAAGCAGUUGACCCAUCUGCCGUAGAUAAUUAUCGUGUGAUACACCUGAAACUGUGUUGUGUUGUUUUUUGAACAGAUGGUGUCAUUGCUUUAGAUGAUGUCAAUGACAAUGAACUCGACAGAAGCUAUUUAGCUAGUAACCCAGUCAAUGUUGACUCAGGUAAUAUGAUGAUGACUGAUUAAAGAACAUUUAAAUGCUCGUUUUUUUUGCAGACCCCAACCCCAAUCCUGAUUUGGAUUAAUCCCUAGGGUGGCAAUGGAUAUUUUCUGAAAACUGCAUGUAUAUUAUGCUAGAAAUCUAGUUUAUUACUGCAGGUAGUUUACAUGGAUGAUUUCCGAUUGUAUCAUAAAUUACCAUUUAAGAGGCAACUUAAUUGUGCACCCUAGGCCAAGCCAAGUUUACACAUGAGGUGUGAAGUAAAUCAACCAAAUUUAUGUGAGAAAUGAAAGAAAUUAAUUUUUAAAAAAAGACAAAAUUUUUACUCCAUGAUUUUUUUUUCCCUUUCAACAUAGCAUGUCAUUUAACUGGCAUACAUCAGUGGCAAAAAGGUAUGUUUCUAUAAAAUGGAUUAUAAAACACAUACACUUUGAAAAACAAAUGUUGAAUUAACUUCAACAUAAUUUUAAUUACUUAAUGUGUUAAUUAAAAUUCAAGAGAUGAACAACUGUGUCUCAUGUAAAUGGAGAAUAGAACAUUCUACUAUGCUACAGUAUGGUGUGAUAUAGACUGACAGAUUGACUCACUCAUUCAGUUUCAUGGCAUAAAGGAAUGCACAAUAACUAAUGUCUUGAUAUUCAUUUAAUUUUAUGCCACUUCAUUCCAGCUGGGAUUGUAAAAGAAGACCAAAGUUCUUUGGGAAUUCUCAAACAGAAUGCUCAAGGUAUGUUGGAAAUAUUGUCAAUAAUUCAAUGCACUUUAAUGCACAGCUCUCCCUGGAUGAUGACAAUAGAAAAUUUCCACUAGAUACAAAAUAAUAUCUUGCCAAAAGCAGCAUUCUAGCUUAAAAUGCAUGACUGAGGCUUCCUUAUAUCUUAUGUUGCUAUCUGUUUCAUAUUUUCAGCUAAAUAUAUUUUGAAAAAGCUUUUAUUAAUCCCCAGUUCACAUUUCACUGUAGACUAUAAGCACUGGUAGAUUAACUGUUUAAGUACAGACAAAACAGGAAUUCAAAUCCAAAACUACAAUUUUUUUGCCCUUCAUUAGGUAAAAGGAAAAACAAAACAAAAACAAAACAAAACAAAACAAAACCAAUAUAACCGGUGAUUAUCAUUUAAUGAGUAACAUGUGCAAUUGCAUUUUACUAUUAGUGAAAAGAAAAAAGGAGAAAUAGAUACCUUUACUUUCAUUCACACACUCUUGGCAUUAGUUAGCCAUAAGCAAACUACAACAAAAGUUUAAAAAAAAAAAAGCUGGGGGGAAGAUUCUGGCACAAACAUCCUUAAUGGAUGACAGUCCAAUUGAAUACCAUUACUGUUUGUAAACCACACUCAUAAUAAUUUUUUAGUGCCAUUGAAUGAUAUGGACAGAACACAGGAAGUGCUUUCCUGUGAACAUGUGCUCAUGGAGGCAGCAUCAACCCACGAGGACAUUCUUCUGCCAAUCUUUUUGACCUUGACAUAUGAGGAGGUUUGUGUUAACUCUUUAACUCUCAGACCAAAUUUGUAAUUCUCCUUACUGUCAACCAUACAAUCCUUGUCAUGUUAGUUCAGGGAAUUUAGUAUUGGAUCAACUCGUUAUUCCCAAAUUGAUAUUUUUCUUUAUUCUCAUCACUUAUCUGGUUGAUGCUGUGUUGAUAUUGUAAGGAUAAAUUCUGUCUAGGUCACUCAUGGGAGUUAAAGGGCGUCAUGGCAGUCAAUUUAGUUCCUGUUAUAUGUUUGCCCAUAUAGCUUGCAAUUUUUAGGUAAAAUGUUUAUAGUAAAUACAGUUAGCAUACCCAUGUGUCAAUGUUUUAAAUUACUGACAAGUAACAUGUAUUGACAAUCACAUUUGAAAAAAAAAAUUAGCCUGUAAACUUUUGUGAAUCUAAAUUGGUCGUUAUGUUGGAACAGACCCUUUUGGAAAAAUAUACUUAGGUUACUGCUUUGCUUAAUAUGAUCAACUUUCAUUUCUCUAUCUGACAUAUAAUCCUAUUCUAUGCAUUAUUACAAUGCACUGUGUCGUGCCAUUAUACAAAAGAAAUGACAAGUCAAUGUAAAAUUUGACAUGUUAAGGCUAUAUGUUAAAUUUUAUUCUACUUUAAUCUAUAAAAUUUGUGCAUCUAGUUGUGUCACCAGGCCAGGUCCGACAGGAGGAGCAUGGUCAUAGUGAUCCUCAAAGGUGACAACAUACCUGAUGUGAUAAGGUGACUAUCAAUGAUUCUUAAGGUUAUUUUUAUUACUAAAAGCACGCUGCACUCUACUAAAACAGCCUUUUUGCUUACACCGAGUCACCAUGACAAAUAUGUACAUCAAUAUUCUAGUUAAUAUUCUGUAGAUCACGCUCAACAGAUAUCUUUUCCUCAUUAAGAUACACAUGGCAUGAACAGUGGCUUAAAAUUUCAUGUGGAUAUUGCUUUAAAUCACAUGGGUGACAUCAGUGGUGAUCAUGGCGACCUAGUGCAAUGUAUGCCCACAUGACAAUUUUUUAAGAAUGAACGUGGCCCCAACUGACUGGUUUCUAUGUUUACAAUCAUACAUUAUGUUAAAAUUCAAAGCACAAAGAUCAUUCAAUAAACAUCACAGAGGUAUUCAAGAUUUUUCCAUAUCCAUUGUGCAAUGCACACAUACUGUAUUUCACAUUAUGUAGUGAUUAAAUUAUUAAUCAAAGAUGUUUCUCCCUUUAUCAAAUCAUCAGGAUUCUGAAUAUUCUACGCAGAAGUAAUGGAAACAUAUACUUUUGGAUAACAAAAGCAAACUCAAAAUCUGGGAGAGAAGGUAUGGAAUAACUGUCCAUAUUUUAGUUUUUUUGGAGAUAAAAGACAACAAAAGGUCAAAGUUUAAAAACUUUCCUAAAAUUUAAUCAGCUAAACAUUAAUAUUUUAGUAGAAUAUCUCCAUUUUAUUGUGAUAUUGUGUAAUGCGAAGAGUGUGUGCAUAGAUAUGUUUCUUCAUUAUUAAAGGACUUUGAUAGGGUUGAUCUCCUGUUCCCUUGCAGGAUGUAUUUCAAAUAAAUUGUUUCACUUUCUGCAGAAAUGAGCCAACCAGUAUUUCCUGUUGUUUCAUUGUCUCUGUUAUGUUUCGUUAUGCUAUGUUUGGUACCCCAUGACAACCUUCAUACUCCAAUAAUAGAUGCAAUAAUGACCAUAAUUAUCAAUGUUCUCAAACUCUUCUUACCAUUUUAUGUGUGUUUGUUACGACAGUGAAAAGAAAAUUUGGAAGCACAGGGUCGAAUUUGCUAAUAAUGGCACCCACAACUUCUCGGCCUAUACUCAUAGAGCGUUUUUGCGGUGAGUGUUUUAAGAAUUUGUUUCACAAGUCAGUAUAUGUUAACUAAGGGAAUUUUGUAUAAUAAUUGUAAAAUUAAUUUAACUCCCAAAAUAUGAUUGUUGUCUCCUCUCCAGCUGCUACACAUUUCCAUGAAAAUUAGUUAUGAGAUUUUGGUGUUACAUCAUGAUAAUAACUUCUACCUGAUAAGUCUGAGUAUUUUCAUUACCUGUUUACUGGACAGUUAUAAUUUCCCAUACCAUUAUCAGGCACUAGUAUUAUUACCUUCACACCACAGCUUAACCCAGUACAAAAAAGAAUCUUGGUGUAAAUUUGGUAUGUUGCUUUACUACAUAUUUUUGGCUGCUUUUUAAGAGUAAAUAUCACAGGUUAAUAUUGAUCUGAUUUGACUUUAAGAUGGCUGAAAACAGAAUUCUUUCACUUUUGACUGUUAUGACUAGGAGACAACCUACAAUUAGCACGAGAAGAAGAUGUGGUGGAUGCUAUGAAAAGGGCAGCAGAUGCUGUGGAUGCAUUCACCAGGGAAUGGUAAGAGGUCUUUUAUAUUUGAUACGAUAAAGGUAGAAAUAUUUCCAACUUGUUACUCAUUAGCAACCUUAUGAUCGUAAUGAAAAUUUCCAUAAACAUAUAUAGCAUCAGAUACUAAGCUGUAAUCAUGUUAAAUAAUGUCUUGUUUACAACUUCCUAUUCUAAAAACCCAGGUAUAUCUGUAUAAUAUGCAUAUGUUUUGAUUAUCCAGGCUGAUGUACAUUUGUAGCACCAAAUCAAGGUGAAUGCUGAUGAGAUACACAAGUUGAAAAGAAUGAUUCAUCUCACACAAAAUUUAAUUAUUAGGGAGGAGGAGGGCGGUUAAAAUCGAUCAAAAUUGCAAGGAUGUUAUUCAUGAUCUUUCUAUAUUAACCAGCCUCCUGCCAUUAAGCAUGAACUUACAAGAAAAUCAAAAGAGGGCAGUACUAACACCAGGGUAUCAGCUGUGACACAAACUAAAUUAUGAGUAUUUGACAUAGAAAUUUCAUUGCAAAAGGCAAUCGAGAAUGACAAGAAGAAAUUGGUAAAUAUCAUUUCCCAAAAAAUUUUAUUGCAAAGAUAAUGCCCAUAUCAAUGAUAUCAAGAAAGUCCAGCAAUGAAAUAAGGAUCUUUGUUAGAUGACUUCCUUCAAGACUCUAGGAGCAUAAAUAAUACUUAUUACCAAUAAACUACUAAGCAGCAGAAAUUUCAAUACCUUUUAUACAUUUUCAGCGAAAUAUUAAUUGAGUUGUCAUGUAUUUAUUAUGUCAGAUUAAAAAAUCAAGCAAGAAAAUAAGGGAGGCCCGACAAGGCAGGGUUACCCAACCCAGUCUAGAAGGAGAGAAGGUGACAAUUUUCCUAUGCCACUUAAAUGGCAAGGAAAAGCGCCAGUUCAAUAAGGGUGCUUUCUUCCAGGUAUAUAUAUAUAUAUAUAUAUAUAUAUAUAUAUAUAUAUAUAAUGAUACAGUUUGUUGCUUUAAAAAGUACUUCUUCUAAAAUGCAGACAUAUAGUGAUUGCCUGAUCAUUUUUUUUUUUAAUGUAAACUUUUUUCCUGUUUUAAUAACAUAGGAAGUAUAUGACUGGGCAGGCUCCAAUGAAUGUCUACCACUUUAUUUUACUAUCCAAAGAGGUAGGGAAGUGGUAAGACAUGGAGACCUUUUGGAGAGAACAGAGGUCUUGCACAUUUACGAGAGAGUAAGUAAACAAUAA